AUACAUAUGGGUGAUGUUGUGUAUAUUAUUAAUUUAUUAUAUAUUAUUGUUCAACAUUAUCAAUUUGUGUGGCUAAUAUUAUAUGGCAAUGAAACUAACAAGUUUCUCCAAUAAAUUCCUUCCAAAAAUUUCUCAGACAGUAGUUGCAGAGGUUUCAUACAUAUAAUCCUGUCUGAGAAAAAAAAAAUUAAAAAUUAAAAAAAAAAUAAAAAAUGGGGUUUUUGUCACUGUUGAAAGUGGCAUCCAUGCCAAUAGUACAGGUUCUCAUAAUAGGCAUAUUGGGAGCUUUCAUGGCUACCGAUUAUCUCAAUCUUCUAUCGUCCGAUGCCCGAAAAUCUUUGAACAAGAUUGUGUUUGUGGCCUUCACUCCAUCACUAGUGUUUGGAAGUUUGGCAGAGACUGUCACUCUCCAAGACAUCAUCUCUUGGUGGUUCAUGCCGGUGAACAUUGCUAUAACUUUCUUAGUUGGAGGAAUAUUUGGAUGGAUAGCAGCUAAAAUACUAAAGCCAGAGCCAUAUCUACAAGAUCUAAUCGUUGCCAUUUGUUCCGGAGGAAACUUGGGGAACAUUUUGAUUAUAAUUGUACCUGCAAUGUGCAAGGAAAAUGGCAAUCCAUUUGGAGACAAAGAUGUUUGCGCCACUAUGGCACUUUCAUACGUUUCUUUCUCGAUGGCGCUUGGUGCACUAUACGUAUGGACUAUCAGUCUCCAUUUAAUAAGAAGUGCGAGCGUAAAACAUAAAGCAAUGUGCUCGUCGAAAACGGAGGCUGAUAAAGAUUUCGAGGCGAAUGACACGUCACCUCUUCUUCUACUUACUGAAGCAGAUCAUCUCUCUGUUGUUCUUACAAACAAAGAAACUCAAAUUGAGGCAAAUGAUAAUGAAUCUAUGUGGAAUUCGGCAAGGGGGACACUUCAUCAUCUAGCAGAGGAAUUAACGACGCCCCCGAUUCUUGCUGCGAUUUUUGGAUUAAUAAUCGGGGCAGUUUCGUUUCUUCGUAACUUGAUCAUUGGCGAAAAUGCUCCGCUCAGAGUGGUCUACGACUCUAUUGAAUUACUUGCAGACGGGACAAUUCCUUGCAUCACCUUAAUACUAGGAGGCAACUUAACACAAGGGUUGGGAAAGGCAACAUUGAAACCAUCAAUAAUAAUAGCAGUGAUAUGUGUGAGAUACAUAUUACUUCCUCCAGUUGGGAUUUUUGUAGUGAAAGCAGCUUCUCACUUUGGCUUCCUUUCUUCUGAUCCACUCUACCGAUUUGUGCUCAUGAUUCAGUUCUCUCUUCCUCCUGCCAUGAAUAUCGGUACAAUGACACAAUUAUAUGAUGUGGCACAAGAGGAGUGUUCAUCGCUGUUCCUAUGGACUUACCUAGUUGCAGCCUUUGCUAUCACUGGUUGGUCCACUGUUUUCAUGUGGAUCUUGUCCUAAUUAUUACUUCAUUGGACGAUCCUCGUCACAAUUUUAUAUACAUAUAUCAAAUAUAUAUACAAAAGUUAGUCAUUUUUUACGCCAUAUAACCUAUUUAUUUGUUAUUAUCUCCAUAUAUUCUACACUUUUUAUUUAGGGUACAAUUCAUUUUACACACCUGCA